UUUCCUACCGAUGCCAUUUUGAUUAAUCAUAAUAGUCAAUCAAUUGAUUAAAUAAUUAAUUAACAAUUAUAUUUGCAGUCUCAUAUUAUAAUCCGCAAAAUUGGUUGAAAGAUCCUUGAAUUUAAUUUUACAACUGAGAAGUGAUAGUGAAAAAAUAUACGCUUUAUACCAUAGCGAAGUGAUAAUAAAAAACUUAUUUUUCCAUUUGAUGAAAACAGUUUCUAGUUAAACUAGGAAGGAACGGAAAUGAUUAAAUUAACGAUAACAAGUAAAGCAACCCAUAUAUUUUUUUAAAUUUUAUAAAACUGUAAGAAAAGUAGUUCUAUUUGUUUAAAAUUUUAGAUGGAGCCGACGAGUACUUUUGUCAAAUUGGAAUGUGAACUUGAUUCAGAACACAUUACAAAUCAGUUUUCCACAAUGCAUAACAACCAGUACAACCAAGUCCCUUCAAACUUUUAUGAUAAUAACAGUGGACAAUAUGUUAAUUAUCAAAAUUAUAAACACAACUCAGAGGAUUUAGGAAGGAUCAAUGAACAUAGAACUGUUCAUAGAGAAGCAUCGUUUGAUCAAAUGCAAUACAACCCAAAUAUUAAAUCUGAAAAUGAAUACAAUUCAUUACAAACUAAUACAGACCAAUUAAAUAAUGUUGAAGGAAGCAAUGAAUCGGAGGUGCAAACGGCUGAAUGCGAUGAUAUUCCAGUAAUAGUAAACGGAAAAUACUUCAAAAUUAUAGAAGAGAUGAAUGCUACCGAACAUCAGCGGGUAACACGCGGUAUUGUAGCUGUAUGUCAACAUUGUCCACGUGAAAAGGUGAGAUCGAUACAGGGUUCUAUGCGAAUAACAUCGAAUUUCGUUCGUCAUUUAAAAACUCUGCAUCCAGCAAAGUAUGAAGAAUUCAUUAUUGAAAGACAAAAUCAUUCGCGUACACCCAAAGGAAGACGUGGUCAAAAGCGGAAGGCAUCCCAAUUUGGGGAUGGACAGAAUGGGAAUAACUCAAGAACGGAAAGCUAUAUGGAUGACGAUACAAAUGAGCAUAGCCCGGAUGGUGCUUCCAUCUAUUUUGAUGACACGCAACCAACGUCAGCAAAUAAUUCAAAUAAUUUAGAGUAUAUUACAAUUGAAAAGUGGCUAUCUAAGUUGCUUUACGCGAUCUCAUUUGAAAAUUUGCUUAAGUUAGAUUAUCUUUGCAGCAACAUCGACUUGUAUUCAGCUGAAUCCAAUGAUACGCACAUAUCGGAGGAAAGUCUGGAGAAAAAAGGGACGGCUAGCAUAUGCCAAUUAACAUGCGAUCCAAAUGAGAUUCCUACAAUAUUAAAUGGCAAAUAUUUUAAAAUUGUCGAGCAAGAUAUGAGUAGCAAUCGCGUUUCAAUUAGCGUUGUAGCGGCUUGUCAAUUCUGCGACACUGAUAAAUUCGUUAAAGGUCCACUCAGAGUUACUUCAAAUUUUGUACAACAUUUGCGUUCACGCCAUUUUAAAGAGUAUAAUAUGUAUUUGCAAGAGAAAUUCAACAGUAGUACCAGAUGCCGACGAUCGCUUAAUAGGCAGCCAGCACAAUUACCGUUUGUGGAAAAAGUUUUAAAUUUUAUUUUAUUAUCCAAUAUACCAGUUUCUGUGUUAGAAGAACCAUCUUUCGUUGAACUGUUUCGUGGCACUGGUUUAACAAUGUGCUCCUGUGCGCAAUUACUCGCUCGUUUAGAUGAUAUGCAUGGAGGCUACGUAGAGAAUAUUAAGCGUAAUUUGGAGGAGAUACCGUAUAUUUGUGGUGCUGCUGAUAUUUGGACCAGUCGGAAAAAACACUAUUUUGGCUAUAGUAUUUUUUGGUUAGAUAAUGAAUUAAAACGUCAAAUGGCCGUUUUGGCGUGCGUUAAGCUGAGUGACACACCCACUCAUAAGGAAAUCGAAUCUGUGAUAUCGCAAAUACAUAAUAAGUAUGAUUUGAUCGAUGAAAAAAUUAUUUGUAAUGUGAUCGAUGGUGUGCACGAUUUCGUACAAACUUACCAUAAUUUUAGUAUUAAAAGCAUCUGUCUCGAUUACCAUAGCGAUGAUCUUAAUAUAUCCUUUAGUGAGGCUCGAGACCUACUGAACCAACUUUCGAGGCAAUUUAAACAUGGUGAGCAUAGUCUACAUUUAUUGACGGUGUUUGAUUUCGAUAGUAUAUUGAAGUCCCAUGACAGACUGCAGCAUGCCUUAACACGCUGUUUAAUUUUAAUAAACAAAUGCAGUGAUUUUGAAGCUAAUGAAAUUACGGAAUUUUUAUGCGAAGGCUAUUCGCCACUAUCUGACGUGCGUUGGCCAAUAUGGUACACAUCGUUAACACAACUUCUCAAGCAAAAGCACAAAAUAGCCGACUUAUGCACCUUUUUAAACCAACCCAAAUUAAGCGAAAUCGAUAUCCAAUAUGUGGAAGACUUUUGCAUGAUACUCAAACCAAUAGCAGAUGCUGUAGAGUUUUUGCAGCAAGAGAAUUAUUUAUAUUAUGGUUAUUUUCUACCUUCUCUAGUUACAAUUAAAGUGAAAUUGAAAAAAUUGCAUGAAAGUAGGCACAUAAAACACUUGCAUACAGUGGCACAGAAUAUGAGUGAUGCUUUAUUAAGUCGUUUGCGAAGCUACUUUGAGAUCACCUCAGAAUUCAACAAUGCCAUAAUUGCGGCUGUAGUUUGCCCUGCCGUAAAAAUGCGUUUCGUGGAAGCUUUACGCGAGACAGCACCCAAUAUUACCACCGAUAGGAUAAUCUUGCUUUUUGUGGACUAUGCACAAGAAUUCUAUAUUGAUAAUGAACAGACAGAGGAUCUAAGGGAGCAGCGCCCGCCAUCUGUAGAUUCAUUUCUCUGCUUUAAUCCGGAUGAUAACGAGGAUCCGCCAUCAGAUAAUAAACCAUGCGUCGCUAUUCGUAAAGAGUUCUCAAGUUAUUUGCACGAUGAUGAUAAAAGCCUAUCUUGCUUAAAUCGAUAUCCACUUGUGAAAAAAGUUUUCCAUAAGUACAAUACUUUGCCACCGACUUCCAUGGUGUUGGAACAUUUUUUCCACACAUUUUUGAAUGUGAUAAAUGGACAAAAAGGUCAACAUCUAACUGAUGAACAUUUAGAGCGUCUUGUGCUUACUAAAGUGAAUAAAAUACUGUAGAAAAAAUAGAUGGUAAAUAAAUUGAGUUUGUUGUAUUUAUUUAGAUA